UUUCGGGUCAGCGCGAUGGGUUAUGGAGAUGCUCCCAAUGGGGCAAUGCCCACCAUUGCAACCGCGGAGCAAGCGGAUGAUGACAUGGUGGCAGAAAAGAUCCUGCUAACCGAUGGCACCUCGGUCAACAUAUUCCGAAGCCCAAAGAUUAGCGAAGAGCAGUGGCAACAGACCAAGAUGUAUCUUCAAAACAAUCCAGCAGACACCAAGAAGUUGGUGGAGCAUUCUACAAAUCCAGACAAGAUCCGGAGGCAAAAGAUGAUGAGAGCCAUGGCAGAUGUUUGGCAGGAUCAAAUUGACAGUAGUAACGAGGACUUUGCUCGGCGGAUGAAGGAACUAGAGCAGGAGGAGGAGUUUGAAGCCCUGUUUACCGCCAUCAAAGAUUACCAGGUACAAGAGAUCCGGAACCAUGUGGAAGACAAGGAGCUCAUGCAAAAGAUUAGCAACAAGAUGGGUGGUGUACCAGCUCAGGCAUUGCGAAAUGCUGAGCGCGUUCGCAAGACGCCGCUGACUCUUCAAGAAGCCUGCAAGUUCGGCGACCUCCGUGCAGUGCAGCGAUAUCUCACUGAGACUGAACGUGGAGGCCGGAACCUGGAGGCCAAGGAUCAGAGAGGCAUCACUUGCCUAGGCUAUGCAGUUGGUGCAAAUCGCAUGCCUAUCACCAUGCUUUUGGUUGAAGUCAAAGCAGACGUUAACUGCGUUGACAAGUCCAAGAACAGCAGCUUACAUUAUGCUGCUGCGUAUGGACGGCAGGAGAUCUUGGAGUACCUCCUCAGCCAGGGGGCAGAUUUGAACAAACAAAAUGACAGUGGGCAGACGCCGUUGAGUAUAGCCAUCAAGAACGAGCAGUUGAAGAUGGCGGACGUGCUAAAGAGCAAAGGCGCUCGAUGAAUCCGUUGCCCGGACAAGGGCCAAAGCAAGGUCGAGUGUCACCCGCGAAAUGGCUGCCUUAGAAGACUGCCUCCUCUUUGUUCAUUGCUAACGAUAAGGCUGCAUCAAACCUCAGCAUUUUGAC